AUGUCAGACGCAGAAGUAUCAGCAGCGACAUCAGCAUGUGUCGGGGAGUUUUGCAUAUCGCCGGCGGUGACGGUCGAACCAAGCUCGGUAGCGACCACAAUCUCGGAUUCAAUAUCCACUCCCCUACCAACUGGCGUGUCAGACGAUGGUUCAUCCACACGGCCUUUGGUGACGACACAUGUGACCUCAACUAUGAGGCCCUCGAUGGUGGUUGUGACAGUUACGACCCCACUAAAUGCAUCGCCAACCUUAGAUAUAGAUUCAUCCCCGACCGAGGGCGCGAAUUCAGAUGAAACUCAUCGAUCCGGUGAUACAAGAGUUGUCGCGAUCACAAUUGGUGUUGUCGGUGGUCUUGCUAUGUUAAUAUUACUCCUAUAUUGGGCCGCCAACUUUCUUGCGAGUCGUCGCUAUGAAGAUGAAGAAGACAGAGACCUGGAAGGAGAAUCGGCAAGAUCCAUGCUAGGCGCUGCAUCGUCAAAAACAGAGCGCGACACCCCCAUGCCCGGGCGCCCGAUAUUAUCUCGACCAAAACGCGCAUCUAUAAUACCAUACGCAAGAAAGGCCGUAACAUUCGACCGGCUCUCUCGCAGCUCAUUCCAUAAUAGUAAUACCAAACAUUUCUCCGACCUACUCGCAAAGCGCCUGUCGGCGGUCCAUCCCGGAACUAAAGUAGUAUACGGAAGCCCGGCAACAAAGGCAUCAAAAAUAGUACCACCCCGGAAACCCGUACCAAGGCCAGCAGGCCACCCAACACCAGGAGCGCAACCACGAAAUUAUGCCCCCAGCGGGACGGAAAGUGACUACAGUGACGAUGCAGAUGAUGUAUCAACCGUACUUGGAGGGACUGGGAAAUCGCAGAAUCAGAUUCAGCAGGAGGCAGCCUAUCAUCCGCUGCCGCCGGGGGUACCGUUUGCAAAAUGGUUAAACGCCGGGCGAGCACAGGAGCUGCCGACAAGUAAUUCAAGACCGUCCUCUGCAUGGCAGAGAUAG